GACUAUAGUGUGCUGAGCUGGUGGGCACUCAGUUGCGUGUUGAUAUUGCCAGAGGCUACCCGCACCAUUUUGUUAUCAAACAAGUGUAAUUUCUGUUGUGUUCUUGGUUUUAUAGAAAAUCAACAUGAACAUCGUACAAGUUGGACCUGAACCCUCCCAGAUCACAUGCCCAUCGUGCCGAGCCACGAUCGUCACGAGGGUCGAGAGGAAGUCCACGACGAAGACACACGUCAUCGCCCUUCUUCUGUGUUUGUUCCUUUGCUGGCCUUGUGUGUGCGUCCCCUACUGUGUGGACUCCUGCCAGAACGCCGACCACUAUUGUCCCAACUGCAAUUCCUACCUCGGUACCUACCAGCGAUAGUCACCAAGAAUCUACUUUCAUACCUUUUCUUACUAUUAAGUACCGUAUAAGCGAAUAUUUACCGUAUUUUGUACUUAUGAAAGUUCAAAGUGUUCCAUAUAACGGAAAAUACCCCAUUGCAUUGCGAAUAUAGAUCUUGGGAGAGUAGAAUGGGGGAAUAUGAAUUAAAUGUCAGAGCGGUCAAUGCAUGUAUUCGUGUAUUUUGUCUUUUAUGUGUAUAUGUAUAAAUAUAGUGCCUGCAAAUGUUCAAAUGUCGUGUGCCGCACAAUUUUCUAUAUAAGUUUUAUUAUCGAUGAUUUAAAAGAUGUUUGAGUUGAAGUUAUAAAAAAACUCGGGUUUUUUUUUUAGUACGAAAACGUUCGUCUUCUAAAUUGUCGAUAUAAGCUACUAAUAGAAGAGCGUACGUGUUUCUACGCCUACCACAAAUUGUUGAUACUUCAGAGUAUACGUAAUUCGUUUGUUGGCACCGAUUUUUCUAUUAAUACGAAACACACACCCUGAAAUUUAUCAAUAAGAGCGAUAAAAAUAUCAAGAGAGCGUUAUUCAAGAUUUCGUUAUCGAAAUUGUUGUUAACGAUAUCGUAUCUGAUUAAAGUGAAUACAUUUAAUUUUAUAUUAUUGAUAAACAUAAUGUUCAAGGUACUCCAGGAACAUUAUUUAGAACAGAUUAUUUUAUGAUUGUUUUUUUUUUUCUAAAAUUGUAUAUCCUUUUAUUCGUCUAUAAGACGAAGUAUUUUGAGAUUAUGUAUAUUUUUUGUACUGUGUUCAGCACAUUUCUAUUAAUAUCUGCUUUGACACUGUUAGUCUAGCACAACUUUAAGUAUUAUGAACUUUAUUUCAAAGAAAUAAUGUCGUUAAUGCUUUGAUAUUAUUUGUUAUUAGCACAAAAUUGCAAUGCAAGUGAAUUAUAUGUAUGCUAGUUCGCUAGAGAAAGUGGUAAAAGCAGAUUUAAUUAAUUAUUUUAAUGAACAUUGUUAUACAUAUUUUUAAUAAACAUUUUAAUAUCUA